UCAGAUGAGCUUGCUGUGAUUUGCCAACGUGAACUCAAAUCUAAUCUAAAGAAGAAGUUUCAAUGUGUAUUUGAGGGGAUCGCUAAACAAGGAAACCCAACACUUCUCAAUAAGAUCUACACAGAGCUCUACAUCACAGAGGGUGGAACAGGAGAGGUCAAUAAUGAACAUGAGCUGAGACAGAUUGAGACAACAACCAGGAAACAAGCAAGACCAGAGACUGCAAUCAAAUGUAACGACAUCUUCAAACCCUUAACUGGACAAGACAAACUUAUCAGAACUGUGCUGACAAAGGGAGUCGCUGGCAUUGGAAAAACAGUCUCUGUGCAGAAGUUCAUUCUGGACUGGGCUGAAGGAAAAGCAAAUCAGGAUGUCCAAUUUGUAUUUUCAUUUCCUUUUCGGGAGCUGAAUUUGAUGAAAUUGGAAAACACUUUCAUUGAACUUCUCAAUCACUUCUCAAUGGAAACCAAACAAUCAGGAAUCUCCAACUACAACAAGUACAAAGUUCUGUUAAUCUUUGAUGGUCUGGAUGAGUGCCGAUUGCCUCUAGACUUCCAGAAGAACAAGAUCUGUUGGGACGUCACAGAGUCAACCUCAGUGGAUGUUCUGCUGACAAAUCUCAUAAGGGGAAAUCUGCUUCCCUCUGCUCUCCUCUGGAUAACUACCCGACCUGCAGCAGCCAAUAAGAUCCCUUCAUGGUGUGUUGACCAGGUGACAGAGGUACGAGGGUUCAAUGACCCACAGAAGGAGGAGUACUUCAGGAAGAGAUUCAGUGAUGAGGACCUGGCCAGCAGAAUCAUCUCACACAUAAAGACAUCAAGGAGCCUCCACAUCAUGUGCCACAUUCCAGUCUUCUGUUGGAUUUCUGCAACAGUCCUUGAACACAUGCUGAAACAUAAGAGAGAAGAGAUGCCCAAGACUCUGACUGAGAUGUACGCACACCUUGUGGUGUUUCAUACCAAACAGAAGAAUGACAAGUAUAUUGGGAAAGAAGAGACAGAUCCACACUGGAAUAAAGAGAGCAUUCUGUCACUGGGAAAACUGGCUUUUCAACAGCUUGUGAAGGGCAAUCUGAUUUUCUAUGAAGAAGACCUGAUAGAGGCUGGCAUUGAUGUCAAUGAAGCCUCAGUGUACUCAGGAUUGUGCACACAGCUCUUUAAAGAGGAAUGUGGGCUGUACCAGGACAAGGUGUUCUGCUUUGUUCAUCUGAGCAUUCAGGAGUUUCUGGCUGCUGUAUAUGUGUUCCUCUCAUUCAUCAACAACAAUGAGAAUCUAAUGGACAAACCGCAAACAAACGACGAGCCUGAAGUUACUUUCUAUAAGAGUGCUGUGGAUAAAGCCUUACAAAGUGAGAUGGGAAACCUGGACCUUUUCCUCCGCUUCCUUCUGGGCCUCUCACUGGAGUCCAAUCAGAAGCACUUACGAGGUUUACUGACAAAGACAAGAAGCAGCUCACAGACCCACGAAGAAACAGUCGAGUACAUCAAGGAGAAGAUCGGGGAGGAUCUCUCCCCAGAGAGGAGCAUCAAUCUGUUCCACUGUCUGAAUGAACUGAAUGACCAUUCUCUAGUGGAGGAGAUCCAAAGAUACCUGAGAUCAGGAAGUCUCUCAAAACCCAACCUGUCACCUGCACAGUGGUCAGCUCUGGUCUUUGUGUUGCUGACCUCAGAAAAGGAGCUGGAUGUGUUUGACCUGAAGAAAUACUCCAGAUCAGAGGAAGGUCUUCUGAGGCUGCUGCCAGUGGUCAAAGCCUCCAGAGUUGCUCUGCUGUCAGCCUGUGGAGUCACAGAGGAAGGCUGUGCUUCUCUGGUCUCAACUCUGAGGUCAAACCCCUCACACCUGAGAGAGCUGGAUCUGAGCUACAAUGACCUGAAGGAUUCAGGAGUGAAGCUGCUCUCUGCUGGACUGGGGAAUCCCCACUGUAAACUGGAGACUCUGAGACUCACUGGCUGUAAACUCACAGACACAUCCUGUGAAGUGUUGGCCUCAGUUCUCAGUUCAAACCCCUCACACCUGAGAGAGCUGGAUCUGAGUAACAAUGACCUGAAGGAUUCAGGAGUGAAGCUGCUCUCUGCUGGACUGGGGAAUCCCCACUGUAAACUGGAGACUCUGAGGCUGUCAGGCUGUCUAGUCACAGAGGAAGGCUGUGCUUCUCUGGUCUCAGCUCUGAGGUCAAACCCCUCACACCUGAGAGAGCUGGACCUGAGCUACAAUCACCCAGGAGACUCAGGAGUCAGACUGCUCUCUGCUGGACUGGAGGAUCCACACUGCAGACUGGAGAAACUCAAGCUGUCAGGCUGUGGAGUCACAGAGGAAGGCUGUGCUUCUCUGGUCUCAGCUCUGAGGUCAAACCCCUCACACCUGAGAGAGCUGGAUCUGAGUAACAAUGACCUGAAAGAUUCAGGAGUGAAGCUGCUCUCUGCUGGACUGGGGGAUCCCCACUGUAAACUGGAGACUCUGAGGCUGUCAGGCUGUCUGGUCACAGAGGAAGGCUGUGCUUCUCUGGUCUCAGCUCUGAGGUCAAACCCCUCACACCUGAGAGAGAUGGAUCUGAGUAACAAUGACCUGAAGGAUUCAGGAGUGAAGCUGCUCUCUGCUGGACUGGGGAAUCCCCACUGUAAACUGGAGACUCUGAGGCUGUCAGGCUGUCUAGUCACAGAGGAAGGCUGUGCUUCUCUGGUCUCAGCUCUGAGGUCAAACCCCUCACACCUGAGAGAGCUGGACCUGAGCUACAAUCACCCAGGAGACUCAGGAGUCAGACUGCUCUCUGCUGGACUGGAGGAUCCACACUGCAGACUGGAGAAACUCAAUGUGGAACAUGGUGGAGAGAACAAAAUGAAACCUGGGCUUAGAAAAUAUGUCUGUUCUCUCACACUGGACCUAAACACAGUAAACAGACUCCUCUCUCUUUCUGACGAGAACAGAAAGUUGACAUGUAGGAAGGAGAAGCAACCGUAUCCUGAUCACACAGAGAGAUUUGAGAACUGUAGACAGGUGCUGUGUAGAGAGGCUCUGACUGGGCGCUGUUACUGGGAGGUAGAGUGGAGUGGGAGAAUGGGGCUGAAAUAGGAGUGACAUAUAAAGGAAUCAGCAGGAGAGGAAGGGUUGAUGACUGUUGUCUUGGAUGUAAUGACAAGUCCUGGAGUCUGAUCUGCUCUGACAAGAGUUACAUUGCCUGUCACAAUAAUAAUGAUAAUACCACUACCAUAGACUUCCGCUCCUCCAGCUCCCACAGAGUAGGAGUGUAUCUGGACUGGUCAGCCGGCAUUCUGUCCUUCUAUAGAGCCUCCUCUGACACACUGACCCACCUGUACACAUUCACCUCCUCAUUCACUGAGCCCCUCUAUCCAGGGUUUUAUGUUCAUGAAGACUCAUCAGUGUCCCUGUAAAUAAUAACCUGACACACACACACUGACACACACACGCUGGACACACAUGCUGGACACACACACACCUACACAUACUCACUGGACACACACAUAGAACAGACACACACACAUACUGGACACAUGCACACACAGUGGACACACACACACUGGAAAACACACUGGACUGACACACACACACACACACACUGGAAACACACACUGAACAGACACACACACACACACACCCACUGGACAGACACACACACACACUGGACAGA